AUGGCUCCCUACAAUAAUAUUUUGAAGGACGCCACCAACGUCAACCCCUUUGCCGCUACCAGUACAAAUUCAAACGGUUCACUCAAACACAGAUUACCUCCACAACAAUCAUCAUCAUCAUCAUCUAUUUACUAUACUCAAGUUGCAGAGACUCCAUCCCAUCAAAAUCAUCAUAGCGGACAUAUAUCGGCUGUUUAUGCUAAAAAACAUAUCACGACUCCUCCACAUUCUGUUGUUCGCAAGUUCUCUGACGUUCUUCUUUACUCGUCGACUCCAGAUAUGGAUUUCCCCAACAACAGAGAUUCCAAUACUAUCACUGCCUCCCAUUCAAAUGCGUUCUUUCCUCCUUCAACACCCACAAAUAAAUAUCCUAUGGGUAUUCAAGAUGCUAGCAGUCAAACGUAUGUUCAUAACCACAACCACAACCACAAUUCUGAGCUGACAAACUUGUUACAUAUUCAAAAUGGAUCUCUUUUAUCACCUGCUUUCUCAUCUCCACAACGUCCCUUGAUCACCCAUAGCCACAAGGUAUCAGCUCCCUCAAAUAAUGAUUCUGGCUUAUUGAAUUUAUCCGUAACGAAUUCAAGUUCAACCUCGGUGUCUUUGACAUCAAAUGUGGUUAAACCAAAGAAGAAAGCUUCGAAAAAGGAGCAUACACCAUUCGAUGUUAAUUCAGAAGAUAAACCUCCAUAUUCAUAUGCUACAUUAAUUGGAAUGUCCAUAUUAUCACAUGUCGAUAAAAGAUUAACUCUUUCUCAAAUCUACCAAUGGAUAGCAGAUACAUUCAAGUAUUAUAAGAGAGACGAAGUGGGCUGGCAAAAUUCCAUUAGACAUAACUUAUCCCUCAAUAAGGCUUUUAUAAAAGGUGAAAAAUCAAAAGAUGGGAAAGGCCAUUUCUGGUUGAUCAAGAAUGGUUGUGAGGAACAGUUUCUUAAAACAAAGAGUGGUCGAAAGUCUGCUUUUGACGAGGUUAUGGAUCAAAUUAAGCAUAAUAAUUAUAAUCAUCGUGAGUUAGAUACCACUCUGUCAACCCAAACGUCACUUACAUCUUCAAUUACGACUUCCACUUCUGGUGGUUUAACAAACCCCAAAAAGAAGACUCAGGGAUCAACAAUUGAUACUACGAAAUCAUCAAAUUCCAAUAGUGUUUCCAUCAAUUUACCUUCACUGCCAUUGCCUGCAUCUGCUGAAUAUAGAUCAUCUCGCAAGCGUGCCUAUGAUGACGACGACGACGACGAUGAUGAUCUUGAUAAUUUUGAUGUGACUGUUGCAGACGAGGUAAGUACAAAGAAAGAUAUUCAUACUGAGGAUGAUGAAGAUAAUACUUUUGUUAUCAAGCGUCCCCGUAUUGAUGAAACUUCCACCGCCAACGAUGAAUCAUUACAUGGUGGUCCACUUCUUGCAUCAAAGCAUCUCACCAUAACUUCAUCGUUUAGUUGUGAUUCUAAUUUGGAAUUAUCACCUGUGCGUAUUAAUACUGGGGGCCCACUUUUAGAACCAAUUACUCCAGCUAAUUCUCGUCUUGUUCAUGUCAAUUGUUUAUUACAACGCACACCUUUGUUUACAAAUUCACAAUCAUUAUCUGCAUCAUCGUCCGUUUCACGUCUGAAUGAUUAUUUUAGUGGGUCAUCUUCAAUUGCCAACUCAUUGCUCACAGCAGCAUCACUGAAUACAUCAAUAUCUUAUACAUCCCAAGUUCAGAAAACCCCAACUUCAUCGGCCCACAUCCAUGCUCGUACCCCAAUAAGUACAUCUUUAGGAUCAAGUCUCAUAAGAACACCAUUACGGAAAACUCCAUCGACUUUAAUUAAAAAGUUAUGGCAUAAUCUGCCUGGGUAUUUGGAUGAGUUCUAUUACAGUCCUUUAAUAAGUUCCAGUAAUUUGAAUCUGUAUGAUGAUGAUGAUAUGAUCUUACGCAAUUUUGAAAGUCCUAAACGGGAUUAA